AUGUCUACCGCUACAGUAACUCAGACGCAGGUGCUCAAGCCCAAACCCCCGGUCCUCGACCAGCGUUUCGCCGUGCUCAAGCAAUCCCUCGUCAAACCCGAGCACAAGCAAAAAGUCAUCGAGUCCUACGCCCGCCUCCAGCGUGCCCUCGCCGCCGAAGUCGACCUCAUCUCCAAGAACGGCCCGGCCAUGGUCCCUGAAAUCGACUUCAACGACGUCAUGCAAAACGACGGCACCCUCCCCCCCGCCUUCGCCACCCUCGUCCGCGACCGCGGCUGCGUCAUCCUCCGCAACGUCGUCCCCACCGCCCAAGCCAGCGCCUGGGAAGCCUCGCUAAAGUCCUACACCGCCCGCCACCGCAGCGUCGGCGGCUUCCCCGUCGACAACCCGCAGAACUGGUCCCUCUGGUGGACGCCGCCACAAGUGCAGAUCCGCUCGCACCCGCGGGUGCUCGCCGCGAUGCGCUGCGUCUCGCAGCUCUGGCACGUCGACGACGGCGCCUUGCCGAUCGACAUGGACGCGCAGGUCGUGUACCCGGAUCGUUUUCGGAUACGGUAUCCGAGCACGGACGCGGAGUACACGCUGCCGGCGCACCUGGACUCAGGGGGGAUUGAGCGGUGGGAGUGUGCCGCGAACAGGGAGAACUUCGCAAAGAUUUUCCAGGGCGAGUGGGAAGGCUGGGAUGGGUGGAAGGCGGAUGCGCGGCUGGAGGCAAGGAGCGACUUGUACGGCGUCAACGCGGCGUGCAGCUGUUGGCGGUGCAUGCAGGGGUGGCUGAGCCUGUCGGAGACGGGGACAGGGGAGGGGACGUUGAGGCUGUUGCCGAGUCUGAAGGCGAGCGUGGCGUAUAUCAUGCUGCGGCCGCUGUUUGAUGAUGAGGGCGGGUGGAGCGAUGGCGAGGCGACGUUUCCUGGCUCGGAGCCCGGGAAUACGCAGUUCUUUCCGAGUAAGGAGUGGCAUGCCGCGUUGCAGAUGGAGAAGUCGAUUGUGGGGAUUCCGCCGUCGUUGCUGAGGGUGAGGGAGGCGUUUAAGAAGGCGGCGGUGCCGCCGGAUUUUGCGUUGUAUGAGAUUGUAAAGGAGCAUGAGGGGCAGCAUGAGGAUCAUGGGGCGCGGAGGGACAAUAUUUUGAGUAGUGAGGGAUUGCAGGCGAUGGGGCUGGAGCCGUAUGAUGUUGAUGCUCCGGGGUUGACUGAGGGGCAGAGGAAGAUGAGGAAGAUGGCGAAUGAGGCGCUUGGGUUUGGGACGGCGGCUGAGGAUGACUGA